GUCUGGAUGGGUGUGGGUGAGUCUGUGGGUGCAUGGAUGUAAAUAAAAUAAUCGCAGUUUGUUAUAAUUUUAAUUCAUAGCAGGAAAUUCGAUACACAUAAUGAAUGAAUGAAUGAAUGAAUAUAUGAAUGAAUGAGUAUAGUUAAAUAAUAAUAUAUAUAGAGAGAGAAUAGAAUAUCAGAGGGAAAAGAAGAGUACAACAGCAACAACAACAACAGCAGCAAUAAUGAUAAUAGUAGUAGUAAUGAUAAUAAUAAUAAUGAUAAUAAUAAUAAUAAUAAUAAUAAUAAUGAGCCAAAAAAUAAUAAAAUAAAAAAUAGAUAAAUCGCAAACGCAAAACAAACCAGCAUAAACUAAACCAAACAAAUUAACACAAAAUAAACAAACAAAAAAUGAGAAGAAAACAAAACAACUAAGAAAAUAAAACAAAAAACAACAAUGUCGACAAAAUAGAGAAUUGAAUCGUGUGUAUGUCGAGCAAGUGACGGUAGCGCUUAGAGGCAAACGCCACAACUUAUUCUCAUUUAUCGGCGCCAUCACUUGUUGUUGAAUUACUUGAGUGGUAUCAUUAUAAUCUGCAGUCUUUUAGUGAUUUGUGGAGCAAGUACGGCGCGUGUGGAAGCUGCAGGGGCUCCGUAAUAAGGUGGCUGUACGCGAUGCUUCGUGAUAGAUGGGUAGGGGGGCGACGCUCCCCCCACUGCCCCCCCUCCAGGCCCUCCUCCCCCCGUCCUCCUCCUCCUCCACCUCCUUCUUGUCGCCCUACUGUCCCUACCAAGGACGGAAGCAGGCGGACCACAUUUAAACUACAGAGAGAAAGAGAAAGACAUUUUGGAUGAGCUGUUUCAUAAAAGCCACUACGACAAAAGAAUUCGGCCAUCAGGCGUUAACGGUACAGCAAACAACCCAACGAUAGUAAGAAUUAACAUGAUGUUCCGGAGCAUUCAGACUAUUGACGAUGUGAAGAUGGAAUACAGCGUCCAGUUGACAUUUCGAGAAGAGUGGAAUGAUGAAAGGUUAAAAUUUGACGACUUGGAUGGGCGCAUCAAGUACCUCACCCUGACGGAGCCCAGCAAAGUAUGGAUGCCCGAUUUAUUCUUCAAAAAUGAAAAACUUGGUCAUUUUCACAACAUUAUUCUCCCUAACGUUUACCUCCGCAUAUUUCCAAAUGGGGGUGUCCUUUACAGUAUAAGGAUAUCUUUAACACUAUCUUGCCCCAUGAAUCUACAACUGUACCCCCUCGACACCCAAACAUGUGAACUGCUGCUGGCCAGUUAUGGGUGGACCACAGAGGACCUGGUGUUUCUGUGGCGGGAGGGGGACCCCGUGCAGAUCACACAAAACCUUCAUCUGCCUCGCUUUACCCUUGAGAAGUUUAUGACUGAAUACUGCAAUAGCAAGACCAACACAGGUGCCUACUCUUGCUUGAAAGUGGAUCUCCUUUUCAAGAGGGAGUUCUCCUACUACCUGCUGACUAUCUACAUCCCCUGCUGCAUGUUGGUUAUCGUGUCCUGGGUCUCCUUCUGGCUGGACCAAAAUGCAGUUCCAGCGAGGGUUAGUCUCGGCGUCACUACCCUGCUAACCAUGGCCACGCAGACUUCAGGGAUUAAUCAGUCUUUGCCGCCUGUCUCUUAUACGAAGGCCAUCGACGUGUGGACCGGCGUUUGUCUGACGUUUGUCUUUGGUGCGCUCCUUGAGUUUGCGCUUGUAAAUUAUGCAUCAAGAUCAGACAUACAUAGAGAAAAGCAGAAGAAACAGAGGAGGCAGUGGGAGUUUGAGCACCAGGCAGCCAUAGAGGGAGAAGGAGAAGGGGAUGGCCCCGCGACGUUUGCAAUGGCGCGUCAGUGUGAGAUCCACAUGCGAACACAGCCGCCACGGAGGUGCUGUGCGUCCUGGCUGUCAAAAUUUCCGUCGAGAAGCAAAAGAAUUGACGUCAUCUCGCGCAUCACCUUUCCUCUGGUGUUUGCCCUCUUCAACGUGGUCUACUGGAGCACCUACCUGUUCCGGGAGGAGGAGGAGAUGCCCCCCAUCCGUAAGGGCACUAGGAUACCCUGCCACGCCCCUAGGAGCUGCAGGAUAUCUGAAGGACUGGAGAGUGAAGAAAUGCGAGAUAUUAUGACUGGAGAGACAGAGAGAGUGGUGUUUUCUUGUUCUUUUUUGUAUUUAAGCUGGUUUUCUGAGGCAAGUAACUGUCCAGGGUUAAGGAGAAGGUGCUCUCCCAUCCUUAAGGACACUAGGAUACCCUGCCACACCCCUAGGAACUGCAGGAUAUCAGGAAGAGUCAGGAUAUCAGGCGUGUGUGUGUGUGUGUGUGUGUGUGUGUGUGUGUGUGUGUGUGUGUGAAGAAAAGAGAGGAUAUUUGCCUAGUAAUUCUAAUUUUCUGGGGCACCUAACUGUCCAGGGGCAAGGAGGAUGUGCCCCCGUAUUCUUAAGGGUGCUAGGAUGUCCCUCAACACCCCCAGGAACCGCAGGAUAUGAGGAGUGAAGUGUGUGUGCUGGUGGCUUGUAGGGCGUGACAAGCAAAGGAUAUGGAAAGACUGUUUGUUUUGUCUUAUUUUCUGAGAUCCAACCUAACCUAACCUAACCUAACCUAACCUAACCUAACCUGAUCUAAUCCAACCUAACCUAACCUAACCUAACCUAACCUAACCUAACCUAACCUAACCUAACCUGAUCUAAUCCAACCUAACCUAACCUAACCUAACCUAACCUAACCUAACCUAACCUAACCUAACCUAACCUAACCUGAUCUAAUCCAACCUAACCUAACCUAACCUAACCUAACCUAACCUAACCUAACCUGAUCUAAACUAACCUAAACUAACCUAACCUAACCUAACCUAACCUAACCUGACCUGACCUGACCUAACCUAACCUAACCUAACCCAACCUGACCUAACCUAACCUAACCUAACCUAACCUGACCUAACCUAACCUAACCUAACCUAACCUAAUCCAACCUAACCUAACCUAACCUAACCUAACCUAAUCCAACCUAACCUAACCUAACCUAACCUAACCUAACCUAACCUAACCUAACCUAACCUAACCUAACCUAACCCAACCUAACCUAACCUAACCCAACCUAACCUAACCUAACCUAACCUAACCUAAACUAACCUAACCUAACCUGACCUAACCUAACUUAACCUAACCUAACCUAACCCAACCUAACCUAACCUAACCUAACCUAACCUGACCUGACCUAACCUAACCUAACCUAACCUAACCUAACCCAACCUAACCUGACCUAACCUAACCUAACCUAACCUAACCUAACCUAACCUGACCUAACCUAAUCCAACCUAACCUAACCCAACCUAACCUAACCUAACCUAACCUAACCUAACCUGACCUAACUUCCUGGAGUGAAGGAUCUUAUAGGUUUGAGACUUUAAGGAAGAAGAGGAGGAGGAGGAAUAGGAAGAGUAGGAGGAGGAGGAAAAUGUAGGAAUAUUGUGAAGAGAGAAUGAAAAAGUAUUAAAUCUGUAGUGUGUUAUUGUAUGGUGGUAGUAGUAGUAGUAGUAGUAGUAGUAGUAGUAGUAGUAGUAGUAGUAGUAGGUGAACAUUGGAACAGUAACAAAUUAACUACUACUACUACUACUACUACUACUACUACUACUACUACUACACACUUAACACAGCACAGAACCGCGUGUAUGUGCGUGUGUGUUUUAGGGGGAAGGAAAUGACUCAGAGAGAGAGAGAGAGAGAGAGAGAGAGAGAAAGAGAGAGAGAGAGAGAAUAAGUGUUUGGUCUCAGGAUAAAUGUAUACAGAAAUAAAAGGAAGAGGAGGAGGAGGAGGAAGAAGAGGAGGAGGAGGAGGAGGAGGAGGAGGAGGAGGAGGAGGAGGAGGAGGAAGAAGACAUUUAGUGCUCAAGUAAACAUGUAAGAAAAACAAACAAACAGGCAAACAAACAAUAAUAAGGAAAUACAGAAAUGAAAAAGAAAAUUAAGAAAAUCUAAAAAAAAAAAAAGUUUAUUUGAAAGAAAAACGCACAUAUAUACACGAGAAACACGUACAUACACACUCAUGUACGUGAAAUUUCGUACAUACAAUUGAAAAAAAAAACGGAAAAAAAUAUACAUACCAAAGAAAACGGGGAAAAAACGUACAUAUAAGAAAGAAAACGGAAAAAAACAUACAUACAGAAGAGAAAACGGAAAAAAACGUACAUACAGAAAAGAAAAUGGGAAAAAAACGUACGUACAGAAAAGAAAACGGGAAAAAAACAUACACACAUAAGAGAAAACGGAAAAAAACGUACAUACAGAAAAGAAAACGGAAAGACAUACAUACAUAAAAGAAAAACGGAAAAAACGUACAUACAGGAAAGAAAACGGAAAGAAAACUUACAUACAGAGAAGAAAACGGAAAAAAACGUACCUAGAAAAAGAAAACGGAGAAAAAUGCACAUACAGGAAAGAAAAUGGGAAAAAACGUACACACAAAAAAGAAAACGGAAAGACAUACAUACAUAAAAGAAAAACGGAAAAAACGUACAUACAGGAAAGAAAACGGAAAGAAAACUUACAUACAGAGAAGAAAACGGAAAAAACGUACAUAGGAAAGAAAACGGAAAAGAAACUUACAUACAGAGAAGAAAACGGAAAAAAACGUACAUAGAAAAGAAAACGGAAAAAAACCGUACACACAGAAAAGAAAAUGGGAAAUAAAACCGUACACAUAAAAGAAAAUGGAAAAAAAAUCGUACACAAACAGAAAAACGUGAAUUUAAAACGUACACACAUGAUGUACGUCAAAGAAUCGUAUACACACACGCACAUACAUGGAAAUAUAAGAAAAACGUACACAAGAAAAAAAAAAAACCUGAAAAAACCGUACACAGAAUUAUGUACUUGAAAAAAAGGAAAUAAACAAAAAUAAAUAAAUAAAACAUGAAGAAAAGACUUACACACGCCCAUGUACGUGAGAGAAAAACGUACACAAAGAAAAUGGAGGAAAAUAAGUACACAGGUAAAAAGUGAAGAAACGUACACACACACACACACACACACACA